ACCACUUGGGUGCAUAGAAAAAUUUCGGAGAAGGUUUUGUGUCAAGAAACGAAAAAGUUUUUUUAAUGUGUUAAAAAUAUUUUUUACAUUUAAUUAAAUCUUAAUAAAGAUAAUUAUUUAAUCUGCGCUCGUGUAAUUGUUGAAACACAAUCGAUGUAGACAUGAAUGUGAAAAUGUAACAAAGUAGAAUAAGUAAAAAACCAGAUUUUAUUUGUAAUUGCAUACGGGACGGUCUGUGAUGUAGAAAAAUCGUGAGUGUGCGUGUGUGUGUGUAGGAAAAAUGUCUUCGCCUUUAGUGUGGUGAAAAAAAAUUGUUAAAAUAAAAAAUAUUUAAAAUAUUUGCUAAUUUAUUUUGAAAAACUGUAAAGAAAAAACAUAGUUUAAAUCUGAACAACACCGUCUCCUUACAAAGGUGUUGGUGACGAAAAAAACAGCGAUGUUUUAUAUGUCGCAUUGAGUCUUCCAAGUUGUAAACAAUUUUGCAGUUUUUUUUAUAUAAAUUUAAAACUAAAAGUAUUAAUUUUGUAUAUUAUAAACUAUUAUUUAAUUAUACAUAAAUAAAGCCACAAGGAUUUUUUAUACUUCAAAAUCGUUUAAAGUAAUGAAAUACUAUUGAAAAUUUAGUUAAAUUUGUUCAACCAGAAACCAUUUAAAAACUAACAGAAUAACAUGAGCCAUGCCUUCGGCACGUCCUGGCAGCCUCAAAGAUCCGGAAAUAGCCGAAUUAUUCAAUAAACAUGAUCCCGAGAAGAUAUUUGAAGAUUUACGAGAAAUUGGCCAUGGCUCCUUCGGUGCAGUUUACUAUGCACGAUGUAAUCUUACCAAAGAAAUCGUGGCCAUCAAGAAGAUGUCCUAUACGGGCAAACAAAGUUUGGAAAAAUGGCAAGAUAUACUCAAGGAAAUCAGAUUUCUACGUCAAUUGAAUCAUCCCAAUACGAUCGAGUAUAAAGGAUGCUAUCUACGCGAAUCCACAGCAUGGCUGGUAAUGGAAUAUUGUGUAGGUUCGGCAUCAGACAUUAUUGAAGUGCAUAAGAAGCCACUGCAUGAGGAUGAAAUUGCUGCCAUUUGUGAUGGUGUCUUGAAUGGCCUUAGCUAUCUGCACAGUUUGGGUCGUAUUCACCGUGAUAUCAAAGCGGGCAACAUUCUCUUAACUGACAAUGGUGUGGUGAAGUUAGCUGAUUUUGGCAGUGCAGCCAUAAAAUGUCCAGCUAAUAGUUUUGUAGGCACACCCUAUUGGAUGGCACCCGAAGUGAUAUUAGCCAUGGAUGAGGGACAAUAUGAUGGUAAAGUUGACGUUUGGUCUUUGGGUAUAACCUGCAUUGAGUUGGCCGAACGAAAGCCUCCAUAUUUCAAUAUGAAUGCCAUGUCAGCACUGUAUCACAUUGCUCAAAAUGAGUCACCUACAUUACCGAAAAAUGAUUGGACAGAUACAUUUUGUGAUUUUGUUGACUUAUGUCUCAAAAAGAAUCCCGCUGAACGUCCCUCGUCUACGAAACUAUUAGCUGAUCAGUAUGUGACACGACUACGUUCGGAUACAGUGCUGUUAGAGCUCAUAGCACGAACAAAAGCAGCUGUUAGGGAAUUGGACAACUUGAAUUAUCGCAAAAUGAAGAAAAUUCUUAUGGUUGAUACCUGCGAGACUGAAAGCGCCAUUGGCGAUACAGACGAUACACAGGAUGAGCAUGCCGGAGGCGACAGCAGCAAGAGCAAUAGUAUUACGUCGGAACAUUCUAUACAAUCUGUGGGUGUAUCGGCGGCCAGUAGUCAAGUAAGCUCUUCGUCUAAUUCAAUACCAGCGCAAAAUCAUCACGGCGGUGGUGGCGGUAUGCAUCAAUACCAACAUCAGCAACCCCAACAUUUGGGUGCCAUGAAUUAUCACCAUCCACAUCAUCAACAGAUGCAUCAACAUCAGCAGCAACAACAACAUGGGCAACAACAUCAACAGGCCAUCAGCGGCGCUGUUUCGCGCAAUUCAUCGCGUCAUCGCAAUUUGCCCCCAUUGCCCAGCAUUAUGCACAAUAUGAACAACAAUGUUACACCCACAAAUUCCACAGCUGUGGUGCCAGCACCCAUGCCACACCAACAGCAAAUGCAACAGCAGCAGCAGCAGCAACAACAUUCGAUCUUACCCAUGUCCAUGGGUGGAGGUAUUAGUCUACAACAGCAGCAAUCAUGUUCGAGUAUGUCUGGAGAUCGCAUGUCUCAACAGCAACAGCCACCACCAAUUCAGCCUCGUUAUCUAUCCUCUCCGGCUGCAGCAGCGGCCGUAUACGCAGCAACAUCGUCUAAUAAUGAGCAUGGUCCAAAUAAUUUUGCCACCAUACGUACUACAAGCAUAGUCACUAAACAACAAAAGGAACAUAUGCAGGAGGAGAUGCAUGAGCAAAUGUCUGGAUACAAGCGAAUGCGUCGUGAACAUCAAGCUGCUCUACUCAAACUCGAAGAAAAGUGCAAAGUUGAAAUGGAAGCGCAUAAAAAUGCCUUAGACAAGGAAUAUGAUAAUUUAUUGCAUAAUUUCACAAGAGAACUAGAAAGACUAGAGGCAAAGCAUCAGCAGGAUUUGGAGAAGCGUAUGAAGCAAACAACAGCUGCAGAAAAGAAAUUACAUAAAGAGAUUUCUCUCAAACAGGAAUGUGAUCGCAAAGCUUUCGAUAUGAAUCGCAAAAAAGAAUACAAGGCCAAUAAGGAGAGAUGGAAACGUGAAUUGUCAAUGGAUGAGUCGACGCCAAAACGUCAGAGGGAUUUAACAUUGCAAUCACAAAAGGACAACCUCAAACAAGCCGAGGCUCAAGAAGAACAACGUCUGUUGACAUUGCAAAAGAAAUACAUUGAAUUGGAAAUGCGUAAAUUUAAACGAAGGCGUUUAAUUAUGUUGCACGAAUUGGAGGAUCAGUUGUUAAGGGAUGAAUUAUCCAAAAAACAACAACAACUUGAACAAGCUCAUGGCAUGUUGUUGAAACAUCAUGAGAAAACCCAGGAGCUGGAAUAUAGACAGCAAAAAAGUGUACAUCAGUUGAGAGAAGAACAAAUUAAUAAACAACAUGAUACCGAAUUACAAAAUCAAAAGGAUUAUAUGGAACGUGUUAAAAAAGAUUUAUUACGCAAACAUGCUCUGGAAAUACGACAACAUCCUAAGAGCCUUAAGCAAAAGGAGUUGCAAAUUCGUAAACAAUUCCGCGAAACCUGUAAAACUCAAACAAAACAAUAUAAACGCUAUAAGGCACAGAUAUUGCAAACAACGCCAAAGGAGCAACAAAAAGAAGUCAUUAAACAGUUAAAAGAAGAGAAACACCGUAAACUUACGUUGUUGGGUGAACAAUAUGAACAAAGUAUCGCUGAUAUGUUCCAAAGUCAGAGCUAUAAAUUAGAUGAAAGUCAAGUGAUCGAGUGCCAACGUACCAACGAAAUGUUGGAAUAUGAAUUAGAAGUGCUUACUGCCUAUCAAAACAAGAACAAGAAACAAGCUCAAGAACAACGGGAUCGUGAGCGUAAAGAAUUGGAAAAUCGUGUGGCAGUACGUCGUAGUGUUUUAGAGAGUAAGAUGGAUGCUGAAUUGCAACAGUUCAAUCAAGAACGUGCCGAAAGGUUAAGAUUGAUGCAUGAGAAACAUGUCAAAGAACUUGAAGCUUUUGAUGAAGAAUCAGUUACAUUAGGUUUCAGCGCCUUAGCUAUUGCGGAGGGAUCACGUGAGACCUACCCUGACGAAGAGGGUAGUCUAUCGGGUUCAAUGAUUAGUUUAGCGCAUAGUAAUAGUUCAACAAGUUUUCCGGCUGGCUCCCUAUAGCAUAGAAAAAAAGUUAAUAUUCUUACAACAAAUGGAUUUCAUUUUUUUAAUAAUGAUAGUGUAAUUAUUACGACUACUACUACUAAUAAUACAUCCACCACCACCAACAACACAGCAACAACAACAAGCAACAGAAGAAUAGCAACAGCAAUAUAUAAUACUACUACUACAACUACUUCUACUAUCACAACCAACACUUCGGUAACAGCAGUAGGAACAUCUACCACACCUACAACAUUAACAAAAUGUUUUCGCAUUUCUAGUGAUAAUUAUAAAAUUCAUAGUAAAAAAACUGAUACUAGUGAUGCAUCUAAACGACAACUGCAACAACAACAACAGCAGCAGCAAGAACAAAAGCAAAAACAUUGCAAUAAUGCAAAUCACAAAAUGCCUCUUACAUCAAUGUAAAAUCAUACAAAAUUAUUAAAGAAAACAACACACGUCGUUCGGUUAGUUAUAGUAGUGACAAAGACGACGGCGAUGAUGAUGAUGUUAAUGACAUGAUGACUGGACGACAAUGAAGAAAAGCGAACAAUAAACAUGUUGUUGUGGGAGUGUUUGUUUGUUUAUAUACAAUAUAUACAUAAAUACAUAUAACGUUUUUUAUAGAAUUAUUAAGUGAAAAGAAAGAAACCCAUACUCCACUCACUCACACAUUGAAAAAAAAUAUAAAUAAAUACAUAUAAAAUAAAAAAAAAUAUACAAAAAAAGAAAUUGAAAUAAAAAACAAAAAAAUAAUCCAAUAAGUAAUAAUAAAUCUCCAAAAUUUUGUGAGACCAGGGAUAGUGGAAGAGUUAAGAAAAAUGGUUAAAUAAUAUACAUAAAUAUACAUAAAUAAUGAAAAAAGAACAACAACAUAAUAAUAAAAAUAAUUAAUAAUCUAAUAAUAAUGAUAAUGAUUAUAUUUAAUAAUUAACGCAAAUUAUUAUAUAAUAAUUUAUGUUUAAGUUAAAUAAAAUAACAAAAACACAACAAAAAAAAAAUAAACGCGUUAUAAAAAUAUAUAUAAAAAAUAACAAAA